UCGGCAAAUCGAGCAGAGAUCGUGAAAAAGCAAAGGGAAGCGGAAGAAUUACGAAAAGCAGCACUGAAGGCUGGUAUUCAAGUUGGUGCUGAAGAAGAGAAACACAAUCAAGAAAUUACUGCGGCUUUGACUGCAGUUGUGAAUGAUGUCGAACGAAUUCCUCCGAUUCCGGUGGUGGAAGAGCCGGUGGUGGCAACUGGAGAGUCUGAAGAUCCUCUGGAAGUUCGUCGAAAGCAAAUUCGGGAGAAUAUUCGCAAAGAAAGGGAACGGUUCGUCGUUUUGCUUUUGUACAUAAUUUUUAAUUAG